UAUUGACCUUUAAAAAUCACACCGUUGUCAUCAGAGGUUAUUUGAGCAGCUUACACUGACAAGGAAACUUUAUUACGACAGACCGUGAUCGAAAAUCCUUUAGUCCGUAACAAUGUCUCAUCAAAAGACCGAAGUGGUUUCCAAGUCCAACGAAUUAACUUUUCUGAGGACAGUGGAUUUGGAAUGCUGUAUUUGGUGAGUUGAAUAUCAUUGCUGGCUGUCAUAUUUUGCCAUCGUUUUUGUUACCGCUCAUUUCCAGUGCUAUUAUACCGCCACAUUCCUUUUCAGUUAUAGCAUCGUGUCAAGGCCCGUUACCCUUGCCUGUGGGCACUCUGGCUGCAAAAAUUGCAUGGAAACUUGGGCAGAAUCGACAGCCACACCGUUGUGUCCCCAGUGUCGGGCAACGUUCCGAAAAGAAGAGCUGAGGUUAAAUGUGGCAAUGGAUAAGGCGACCCGAGAUUUGCCUGUUAAAUGUAACAGCCAAGGCUGCCAGUGGAAGGGCAACUAUAGCGAUGCCAACGAUCACCUCAGACAUUGCCCAAAAGUACGAGAGAGGUGCCCCAACGAAGGAUGCCAGCACGUGGCGGCACGGGAAGAAAUGACAGCACACGCUUGCCCAAAAGAAAGGAUCGCAUGUUCAGGAUGCCAACUGAGCGUAACCAGGGAAAGACUCCAAUUCCACCGUACAUCUUUAUGCAGAAACUCUGCAGUUCUAUGCCCCUUGAGAUGUGGAGCAUCAUUACCACGAAUGAACAUCAACCUACAUCUACACAAAUGCCCAGAGAAGGCUUCAAUGUGCCAAGUACCUGGCUGCAAAAAAUUGUGA